CGCACCAGUUUUCAGAAACGAUAACUAACUGAGAGCAUCAUGCCAGAACCAGCAAAGCCAGCACCUAAGAAGGGCUCUAAGAAAGCCGUGACAAAGACUGCUGCCAAAGGCGGCAAGAAACGCAGAAAGACUAGGAAGGAGAGCUAUGCCAUCUACGUGUACAAGGUCCUGAAGCAGGUCCAUCCCGACACCGGCAUCUCAUCCAAGGCCAUGGGCAUCAUGAACUCUUUCGUGAAUGACAUCUUCGAGCGUAUCGCUGGGGAGUCUUCCCGCCUGGCUCACUACAACAAGCGGUCCACCAUCACUUCCAGGGAGAUCCAGACCGCAGUGCGUCUGCUUCUGCCCGGUGAGCUCGCCAAGCAUGCCGUGUCCGAGGGAACCAAGGCGGUCACCAAGUACACUAGCUCCAAGUAAAUCUGGUCAACCUCACUUCACCCAAAGGCUCUUUUAAGAGCCACCCAAGUUUUCGCUGAAAAGUUAUUCCUCCUUCUCGAUUUAAAUAUUCGCAUCACUACAGUCUUGAUUAUCGAUAAUAUCAGUCUGAUUGAAGGACCGUUCAGAACUAGUUCCAUCUUCAUGUAAGAUAAAUGAGGAAAUUGCCUGAACUAAGAUGGUAACGCAAACGUUUGUUAUAUAUGCUUAAUACCUAGCAUUAUUCAACUCAACGCCCCUUACUUUGUCUGCUUUAUUUUGUGACACUUGGCCACAAACAACUGAAAGAGGGCGAAUAAAUAAAUAAAAACAUCGCUGUUAGAGAAUAAUGCAACUAACUAGAGACCUGUGGCAAAAACAACCUUUUUUGUAACUCCGUAGAUUCAUAUAAAAUAUGUAGCAUUCAUUUUGUGGAGAGCUAGGAAACAUAGUAACUUCCGGAUAAAGGCCAUCUCCUAAUUUUACAAACAUGACACAAAAACACUUCAGAAAGACCAUUGCAGGAAACACACUGAAGAAAUAUGCUUUUUGUAGAGUUACUGAGGUGGCUCUCAAAAGAGCCGUUGGCGUUUGAUAUCGUAAG